AUGUUAAUAAUCAUAUUAUUGUUUAAAUAUUCAUAGUGUCAGGAUAUAGAUUAUUGCAACAUUACCAACAUAAGUGGAAAUUAUUCACCUUUUUACUAUAAUUCAAGUUGUUUACCACCUGAGUAAUUAGAAGUUAAUUGUUAAUAGUCAGAUAAUUAUGUAGAGAUAAAUGUAGAUUCUUCUAUAAUUUGGAAUUUGGUUAGUUUAACGACUAAUUGUCAUAAUGUAAAAAUUAAUACAUCUGAAAUUAAUAUUGGCAAUAUAACUACUAACUAGAAGAAAACUGAAUUAAUGGAGAACAAGUAUAUAAUAUUUGAAGCUUCUUAAAAUUACUCUUUUAUGAGUAAUAUUUAUAUAAAUAUGCCUAAUUAUUUACUUGCAUUCUUUUUAAAUAGUAGUGAAAGUUCAACAAGUAUUUACGGAUUGAAUGUAACAUCUAAUAAAAUGCUUUUUGUUUUUAAUAAUUCUGUAAUAAUUGAGAAUUCUAAUUUUUUUAUGACAACUUCAACAUGUACUAAUAAUGUAAACAUAUUGCCAGGAAUGAUUAAUAUUUUUAAUGUAAAUUUUGAAUCUGUAGAAGAUUAUUUAUUACAUAAUUAAUUUAGUUUUUUAUAAUAGCCUACUCGAUUUACUGCAUUUUUUUAAGUGUCUAAUUACACAUUUUUUAUAUUUAGCAACACUUCUUUAAUUAUGAAUAAUAUUUCAGUGAUUGCAAGUCAGAUAGGUUUAUUAAAUAAUGGUACUAUUAAUUUGGAAAAUAGUUCAUUGAAUACUUCAUAUUCUGGCUGUUAUAUAAACUAAGGGUACAUCAAUAUUUUAAUAUAUGAAUAGGAAUGCAAGGGGUCCUGAAUUCAUUAAUUAUAAUUAAAAAUGUUUUGCUAAUGGUGGUUCUAAUUCUGGAUAUGGUGGAAUCGGAUUAAAUAUUGGAGAUUCAUAUUUAAGUGAUUGUAUAUUCUUAACAAAUUCAACUAGGUUUAUGUUUGAUUUAUAUCCCUAUGGUUAUUUAUUAACUAAUCUAUAUUAGGGAUCAGGUGGUAGUUCUAUUAAUGUUAUAGAACUAGUUAAAUCAUUUGGAAAUCUGUCAUCAAAUUUAUAAUAUGGAUGGGGGGGUGGUUCUAUUUUUAUUUUUGCAAAUUAAUCAUUAAAUAUGACUAAUUCAUAAUUAUUAGCAAAUGGAUAAAAAGGAUAUGUAGAUAAUAUAUCUAAUUACAGUAUUGGUGGUGGUGCUGGAGGAUCUAUUAAAAUAUAUUCUACUUAAAUUAUAAGUGAUAAUUUAUCUUCUAUUUAAAUGAAUGGUGGAGAUAGUGAUUCAAAUGAUUUAGUGGGGGAAGGGGGUGGAGNUAUAUAAUAUUUGAAGCUUCUUAAAAUUACUCUUUUAUGA